AUGCAUCCCCGGAAGAUUCCCCCUUCCCCUUGGGAUCCCCAUCCCAAGCCGGUCAGAUCCGCCAGUCUCACCUUCCGCGCGCCUCACGUCCCCCACUCGCGGAGUGCGCUUUCCAUUCCGCCAUACCCCUCCGCCUCCGCUUAUUCCUCCGCUCCCCCGUACCCUCCUCUUCCGUACUCUUCCGCUUCCCCGUACCAUCCCCCUCACCAGUACGCUUCUGCUGCGCAGUACUCUCCCGCUCCCCCUUACUCUUCCGCUCCGCCGUACCCUUCCGCUUCCGCCUACCCCUCCGCCUCUCAGUACUCGCCUUCCGCUCCCUCGUUCCCCCCCGCUCCCCAGCGGCGCGCAUCUUCCCCCUCACCGCCUGGGAGAAACUUCGUCAUUCGGUUCACGUGCGACGAUGACGACGACGAUGGUGAUGGCGACGGCGACGACAAUGCUGAUGCCAGUCGCGAAGGAGGUGGUAACUCGAAAAGUGACAUUUCGGGCAGCAGAUCGUUACCGCCGGCCAGGCGGGCCUCUCCGAUCGCGAUCCUUUCGCCGGGGAGCGGGGCAUCAAGGGGAGGAGGGAGCGGCGGAAUAACCUCAGCCGUUGCCCUUCCGCCAAGACCUUCAACGGCUGUGGCUGGCGGAUCUACUGGGGCGGCGGCUGGCGCAAGCUCUGGCGGAGCAGGCGGGACUGACGGCGGAGCUUCCACGCAGUUUUUGAAGCAAAUUGCGCUCAUGCGCGAGCAGAUCGCGGCUUUUGAGCGCAGGGGGGAAGGCGGGAGCUCGGGGAACUUGGUUGAGGCAGGCGGGGGACAGGGUCCGGAUGCGCCUAAGGAAGGCGCAGAGCCAAUCAGCGGCGGAAACGCCAGCGGCGCUGGCGCAAGUGGCGCUGGCGCUAGUGGCAGCAAAGGGGAGAAGUCUUCCAAGGAACCAAAGCAGGCUGCAACUCCGGUUGUAGCAGCGCGCGGAUCAACACCACCGGCAGCAAAGACGGCUGUAGCACCGCCAGUGGCAAAGGCCUCUGUAGCUGCGCCGGCAGAAGCGCAGCCAGCGCGAAAGGCGGCUGUUGCAGCAGCACCACCUGCGGCUGUAGCAGCAGCAGCACCAGCAGCAGCAGCAGCAGCAACAACACCUCCAGCAGCAUCAGCAGCACAGCCAGUACCAAAGCCCGCUGCACCGGCUGCUACAGGCGCAGCAGCGGCAGCUGUAGCAGAGGCUUCUCCUGACGUCCCAGCACGACCAGGAGCUGUAGCAGAGGCUUCUGCUGACGUCCCAGCAGAAAAGGAAAGGGCUGGAGCUCCGCUUGCUACAGCUGCUGCUGCUCCUAGUACUACCGACUCACCAGAAGAUGUGAAGCCCGUGCACGCUGGUGACAGUGCUGAUGCUGCUUUUGAGGCUCCUAAAAACUUCCAUCUUCUCUCUUCCCAUCGUCUCUCUCCCUGCCGGAUCUCCAGGACUCACCAGAAGAUCGAUGGCAUGGACACCAGCGCUGACCCAGACAGUGGCGAGGACAUGGAGAUAGAUGACGAUGGUGGUGUUGGUGGUCGUGAGUAUGAUCCGAUAGCAGAUGCUUGGGAGGAUAAUUACAGGUUUGAUGUGACUGAAGCGAGGGGUGGUGGUGGCAUUCCUGAGGGUGAUGCAGCCGUGCAGCUUUCACCUGCGAGUGGGGGGUUGGAAGCAGCUGCAGUGCGAGUGUCACCACCACAGAUAGGAGUAGAGGCGGCACUGGAGGCGGAUGGGGCGUGGGCGGGGCUUGCGAGUGUGUGGCACGGGGCGGGGGGGUUCUCCUUCGGGGGAUGGCUGGAGGAGGAGAGGGCGGAGGGGAGUGAGAGGGGCGCGCAUGUGCAGGGCGCGCACCCACAGGGCGCUAGAGUGGAGGCAACAGACCCAUGUGCACAUGCCACCAACAACCACCCCUCUUCCAACCAUCCCUCCCCCAACCGCCCCUCUCCCAACCGCCCCUCUCCCACUCGCCCCUCCCCCAACUUUCUCUCCAGCCUCCCCUCUUCCAACUUCCCCUUUCUCAAAUGCCCCUCUCUCCACCCCGCCUCGCUCUGA